UGGCUGCCAUAACACCGCUCAAUUCGCCUCAGCCCAGGCAGGCAGGAAAGAAGAGGAGGGAGGGAGGGGGGUGGAAGCGCAUCCUCAGAGAGAUUUGCUGGAAAUAUGAUCGUCAGGGGAACAUAGACGCAUUAUUCGGCUCCGGUUAGAUGAAUUGACAACUUCGUGCGUUUUACGUUAUUCUCAAAAGGACACAACAGAAGAGGCAGACAGGCAGGCAGGCAGGCGUCGGGUCCGUGCAGGAGAGACGACACAAACCGACACCAUCAGCCGCUGCGCCGUGUGAGGCGAGGUCAUCACGGAUUCAACCACGGUUCCCAUGAUGCCCUGUGACUUGAUCCAAAUCUAAAGCGCUGACACACCUCAAAACGACCUCAGGCGCUGCCACCAAGUCAUCAGUCUCAGUCAUCCCUUCGUCCAAUAUCUCAGAGAGGAUGUGAGUAAGAGGCGGACUGAGGGUAAGACACCCCGAUAAGUCCAACCAAGAGAGGAACUGGGACCACAUGGCUGCUAUGGAGUAACAGGUCAACUGAUACCAGAUCAUACUGGCUUUGCUUGGAAGUUGACAAUGGUGUUAUUUCUGAUUGGGAUCUCUAUUGCUGUGAACAAUUCAUCUCAUGAGAACCAAACUGCAGAAACCCCCACCCAUCAGGGUGCUCAUGUGCUGCCCUCAACACUGAUCAUAUCCCUGCUUCUUAUCAUCGUUGUCCUGCUGACAAUCUACUGUCUCAGGUUCAAAAACCACAGGAAAGCUCUAGUUACUUCGGUGGAUAAAAAGAUUCCAAAUGGCUUCAUGGAGGAACAAGGAGAGCAGACAGUGGUCCUCCUUCCCAGAUCUCCCUCGCCAUCCAAGAGGUACUUCCCCAUCCCUCUGGACUCGCUGGAGGAGGAGUACCGGAUACGCUCCGCAGACGAUGGCAAGCUCUUCAGAGAAGAGUUCAAUUCGCUGCCGUGUUACUACCACCACGGGUCCUUUGAGGAGGCGAGCAGAGAGCACAACAGAGAGAAAAACAGAUACCCCAACAUUUUACCAUAUGAUCAUUCAAGAGUGGUGUUAAGUCAUCUUGAUGGACAUCUAUUUUCAGACUACAUUAAUGCCUCUUACAUAGAUGGUUAUAAAGAGAAGAACAAAUUCAUUGCAGCUCAAGGGCCAAAGCUUGAGACAGUGGCCGACUUCUGGCGGAUGAUUUGGGAACAGAAAACUGCAACUAUAGUAAUGCUGACAAAUCUGAAAGAAAGGAAGGAGGACAAAUGUUUUCAGUAUUGGCCAGAAAAAGGCUGCUGGAUGUACGGGAAUAUCAGGGUGGCAAUGGAGGACUUCACUGUACUUGUGGACUACACCAUUAGAAAGUUUUGUGUUCAGUAUCAGGGCAGUGAUGGUCCCCGCGCUCCCCGGCUGGUCACCCAGCUCCACUUCACCAGCUGGCCAGACUUCGGGGUGCCAUUCUCACCCAUCGGCAUGCUGAAAUUCCUCAAGAAGGUCAAGACUGUCAAUCCAUCCUAUGCUGGACCCAUUGUUGUGCACUGCAGUGCCGGGGUGGGGAGGACUGGGACAUUCAUUGUCAUUGACAGCAUGAUCGACAUGAUGCACAUGGAACAGAGGCUGGAUGUCUUUGGCUUUGUGAGCAGAAUACGAGAACAGCGCUGUCAACUCAUCCAGACAGAUAUGCAGUACUCCUUCAUCUACCAGGCUCUGUUGGAGUACUAUCUGUAUGGAGACACAGAGCUAGAUGUGUGCUCUCUGGAGGGCCAUCUGCAGAGGCUUCACAACACCAGGGCUCCCCACGACAGGCUGGGCCUGGAGGAGGAGUUCAGGAAGCUGACCAACGUUCGCAUAAUGAAGGAGAACAUGAGAACUGGGAACCUCCCUGCAAACAUGAAGAAGAACCGUGUGCUUCAGAUCAUUCCGUAUGAUUUCAACCGAGUAAUACUCUCAGUGAAAAGAGGACAGGAGUUCACCGACUACAUCAAUGCCUCCUUUAUUGAUGGCUACAGGCAGAAGGACUAUUUUAUCGCAACCCAGGGCCCCCUGUCUCACACAGUGGAGGACUUCUGGAGGAUGGUGUGGGAGUGGAGGUGUCAUUCAAUCGUUAUGCUCACCGAACUCAAAGAGAGAGAGCAGGAGAAGUGCUUCCAGUAUUGGCCAUCAGAGGGCAGUGUAACAUUUGGAGAUUAUACUGUGGAGCUGACUGGAGAUACGCUGUGUGAAACCUUCACUCUCAAAGACAUGGUGCUUACCUACAGACCAGAAAAGCAGUCACAACACGUCCGACACUUCCACUUCCACGGAUGGCCUGAGAUCGGAAUACCAGCCGAGGGAAGAGGAAUGAUUGACAUUAUUGCCGCGGUGCAGAGGCAGCAGCAGCAGUCUGGAAACCGUCCCAUAAUUGUGCACUGCAGUGCUGGUGCAGGUCGGACCGGUACCUUCAUUGCCCUCAGUAACAUUCUGGAGAGGGUGAAAGCUGAAGGGCUCCUGGACGUUUUUCAGACAGUCAAGAGUUUACGCAUGCAGAGACCACACAUGGUUCAGACUGUGGAGCAAUACGACUUCUGCUACAGAGUGGUUCAGGAUUUUGUUGACAUCUUCUCAGACUACGCCAAUUUUAAAUAAUACCUAUCAGAUACUGUUCUGUAUACUUAUGUCAGACUAACUUAUGCAUUUUUUCCCUGAAUGUUAUUUUCUAAAGCAAGCUCUUUUUACAUUUUGCACUUGAUUACAGAUCUAAAACAAAUGCUGUAACAUACUGUAAUAUAAUUGAAAACAUCUGUGCUCCACAAGAGUCUGUCUCUUUCAUGAAAGCUUGAUUUUCAAGUAUCCCCAUGUAUAAAUAUAGAAAUUAUAGUGGUUUAUUACUGGGUUGAUUGGGUUCUUGAAUAUAUAUAUAUACAAAAAAAGAAUUUUAUGUUGCUUAAGUGCAACAUUGUGAGGGUUGAUAAAGUGUUUAAGAGGAAAUAUUCAAAAACUGUAUUCCAACUUUACCUAUAUAAAUAAUGUAUAUAUAUAUUGUAGUAUGUAUUGCUCACUACCUGAAAUGCAUCACUAAUGUGUUGUAGGGUACAUGCAUUCUCUUUUGUUUCUACUUUAUUUUGUUACUGACCACAAUGCCUUUGGUUUACAGUAGUCUUGUAUUUUAUUCUACCCACUCAACAAGUCUGAUUGCUAUGAGGAGAAUAAAUAGUGUGUCUGAUAAGUAGGGUAAAUGAUUUAUGCUUUUGCUAAAAUGAUGUCCUGUCUGACAUGUGUGAAUAAUCUACUUUUAGCUCAAGAUACAUUUAAUUCUGUAAGACGCUGCAAAUUACCUCACUUCUGUCUGUGAAUAACUUAACAGCUGCUGCCUGUUGCAAUUUUAUUCAACUUCACCAACUUUCUUUUGUUGCCUGUGGCAAUAUUAGUGGAUUGGUGCCUGACGCUGCAAAAUGCAAUUAGCCCACAUUGGAACAGGCAGAAAAUAAUGUGUAUUAUUACAGGAAUCCAAACGUAUGAUUCUUACAGAUGUUUUGCAGCCAAGCAUCAGAUCUUGCUUUAAAAAAAAAAAUUUUAUACACAUUAACAAGCCAACUUUACACUUGCAUAUGUGCAUAAAGCAGUGCCAUAUUGAUUAGAAAGACAGUUCUAAUCAUGAAAAACUUGUCACCGAGUGACACAAUUUUAAUACAGAUAAGCCAGAUGUUUAUGUUUAAUUUAAUAUAAUAGACUCAUUUCUUAAAGUGUAUUGUUUUUGAAUGGUGGUCUCCUGUAUGGAUCAUAAUUCAUUGUUUGUACAAACACUUAUCAGAAUAUUAUAAGGAUAACAAAUGUAAAUCAUAAUUUUAGUUAAAAUAAGUGUGUAAGAAAUUGAGAAGAAAAUAACUGCAGAAAUGUUUGUUUUAAUGAGAGUUGAUAAGUGAUGUGGUUGAACGUUGUUCAUAUCCAGGAACUGAGAUGAAAAAUGUCUGGGACAUUGAAAAGCACUGACAUCAAGAACCAGUGCUCAGUCAAAAUAUUAAAUAUGCACGCACAGGCAUUUUGACAUAUUUUGACUGUGAUAGUUAGUCUUAGUUUCAUAUUUAAAAAAGGAAAACCCCGACAUUGCUGCAAACACAAAAACAUAUAUUUUUGCAAGGCUUCUGCUUACUUCUUUGUAAAGCCGUAAGCUUGGAAGUCUUAAUUUGGGGUAAAUAACUUUCUACUGUGUUUGUACUUUCAUUAUUAUAAAGUCAUGAGAUAGGUUUACUGAUCAUGUUGUUUAUUUAGUGUACAUACAUUAUUGUGGUCAUUAACCGUCACUAAGGUUUACUGCAUUAUUGACUUCAUUUUAAUGUGUUGUCAUGCUGAACAAGAAACAGGGGUAAUGACAGUGAGGCCUUGCAGCUGAUGUAACAUAAACGCACAAGCAUCUUGUUUUUCAAUGAUGUUUCUGCCUUUUGAAUCUGUAUGGAUUUGAACAAUUUGUUUGCUAAAAGCUGAUCCCAAUAAAUUAUAGAUGGAGAGAUAUGUCAGAGCUCA